AUGCGAUUGAGUAUAAACAACAGUAGGUAUGAGAUAAUCACAAUACUAGACGAACAUGUAUUAAGUACCAAUUCAAGGCGACGCUUAGAUCGGCGAAAAAGAGUGAGAAGGAGCCUUUUGGAGAACCGUCUUAUCAUCACCCAGCACUUUACUGAGCGUACGGUGACGCCAGGAGGUGAUAUUAGCAUGCAAUGUGCGGCCUCCGGCGAUCGACCACCGCAGUUCACGUGGGAAAGAGACGGAGUGACAAUUUCCAGUAACACGGACUCAAGAUACGCAUUAGGCCAGGUGAUGACGUCGGAUAACUCUGUCGUCACCCAGCUGAAUAUAACAAGGGUGCGAGUGGAAGACGGUGGUCUUUACUCGUGCACCGCUAAGGAAGGCGAGAAUGUCGUCACCCACGAGAAUCGCUUGGACGUUUAUGGCCCACCAUAUAUCAGAUCGCUGCCACCAAUAAAGGUCCAAAGCGGUGAAGCUGUUAAUCUAAGAUGUCCCUUUUACGGUUACCCUAUAAGUAAAAUAGACUGGGACCACAAGGGCAAAAUUAUCAACUCCAACAACCUCUUCCAAUCGAGAUACAAACGCGACGCGAAGAAACGCAAAACUAGGAGGAGUGUCGUGAACAUAUACGGUGUGCUUACAAUACCCGAAGUGACCAAGGAACAGAACGGAGCGGUAUACACUUGUGUGGUGACCAGUCCCUCGGGUGAGAUGGCAAGGCGAGCGUUCGAGAUACAAGUCAUCGAAGCCCCUAUACUGGAGGACUUGCUGCUGGGAAACAAUCUGCAGGAAGGGCAGAUUGUUAACAUUUACUGCAACGUAAGAAGCGGCGAUUUACCAAUCCACUUCGAAUGGCUGAAAGACGGUAAAAGGAUACCGAGCAGCCUAAAGGUAGUAGAGAGAAGCUCAGAGCUAUUCAGUGCAUUAGUAAUAAAGAAAGUGUCUCUCGAACAUUGCGGCACGUACACCUGUGUAGCUUCGAACCACGUGGCAAAAGUCAACCGAUCCACUGAAUUAUAUAUUAAGGUUGCGCCGAAAUGGGCGGAGGAACCGUCAAACUCUUCCCUCCUUCUGGGUAGAAGAGGUGUAGUGUCCUGCAGUGCAAACGGGUACCCUCAACCGCAGGUGCAUUGGAUGAAAAAAGAUGCUCUUCUCGGGACUUGGCAGCCAGUUCUUGAGCUUGCCGGUGGUGGUAUUCUGAGCCUACCAAACGGAACGCUGAUUAUCGAGGAAGUGUCUCUCACUGACGAGGGAUUGUACUCUUGCAACGUUGAGAACGGCGUUGGAAGCCCACUGAGCAAGACUAUUUGGAUGAGUGUUAACAAGCCGGUUCACUUUGACACAACAGCUACUAAUGUGACGUCCAGACUGGGUCAUCCCGUAACAUUAGAAUGCAAAGCACUUGGCGACGACCCCAUAAGAAUACUAUGGACACACAAUGGGAACACGCUUGAUUUUCAGGUCCACAGAGCGAAGCUAUCGGAAACAAAAACGCCCUUGGGCGUAACUAGCACAAUCAAACUACAAUACUCGGAGACCGGCGACGCCGGAUUGUACCAGUGCAGAGCUAAUAAUCCAUAUGGCGCGGCGACAUUCAACAUAUUCCUAAACAUUUUAGAGCCCCCCACUCCGCCUUCUGAGCUAAGGAUAGAAUCGGUGCGUUCGCGAUCAGCAGUUGCUUCCUGGCGCUCAACUCGUGCGCACGCGCCUAGAUACGCGUUGCAGUACGCGCCGGCGCACGUGGUCGACAUCAGCUGGGAGCAUGCAGUUACUCUAAAUAUUUCACGGAAAGACAACGACCUCAGACAAUCCGCCGAGCUUCAAAACCUGCGGCCAGCUACUGCUUACAUUGUGCGGGUAGCGACUGGAAACCAGGUUGGGGUCAGUCCCUUUACCGCCCCCGUACACUUCACCACACACGAAGAAGCACCCUCAUCUCCUCCCAUCAACAUUGUGGUGGAACAGACUAAUACACCUGGUGAGCUUUUCGUGUCUUGGCUCCAACCACCGAAGGAAACACACAACGGCGUAAUCACCGGCUAUCACGUAAAAGCUGCACCACAAAACGUACCGAAUCUAUCAGAAGACACGGAUACAAGAAUUUUAAAGGUGUCACAGAAAACUGGAAAACAAGAAACUAAAAUCAGUGGUCUGCUCAAAAAUACGAGAUACGCUGUGUCCAUAUCAGCUUUCAACAGAGCUGGUUCCGGCCCAUUCUCACUGCCUGUGUUUCAAGACACUAUGGAGGGCGCACCCGAGCACGCGCCGAGUUCGGUUGAAUGCACCGCCAUCUCAUCCACGUCACUGAGGGUCAGUUGGCAGCCCGUGGCGGCAAACGGACGGGGCAGUUCCCUUAUUGGAUACACCGUGCUUUAUGCCACUGAAGACAGCGCAUGGCAGAAUCAAUCGUCGCUGCAUACAGAGCUGUAUCUUCAAUCCCUUGUGAAGUACACAAACUACACGGUCAAGGUCGCUGGCUACUCCAACUACGGCCCUGGGCCCUUCUCAUAUCCCAUCGUAUGCGCGACCCUACAGGACGUUCCGGAUGCGCCGGCUGAUAUAAAAGUUCUGGUGCUGUCGCCCGUCUCGCUCCUCGUCAGCUGGAAGCAACCCGACCAUCCGAACGGCGACCUUCUCUACUACACUGUGUACGUGAAGCCAACGUCAAGCAAUGGCCCGCCCCAAACGCACCGCAUCGAGGCCGAAGGGCGAACGGUGGCCGAGUUGAAGGAGCUCACAACAGGCAGGACGUACGAGACGUGGGUCACCGCCAGCACCCAAGUGGGAGAAGGAGCAUCCAGCAGACGCGUAUCGCACACUCCAUCGCAGAGAGUGGUAGCAGGAGUAGCUUCUUUGGGUGGUGUGGUGUCCGUGGGCGUGGGCAGCUCGCUGUUGCUGGCGUGCUCAUGCGUGGGAUCACCACCGCCUCGCACCGUCUGGUACCACAACCACAACAUCAUCACGCACCACCCGCGGUUCACGAGGAACCACGACGACAGUCUUCUAAUUAACAACAUCGACCAAUCCCUAGGUGGGAACUACACGUGCCUCGCUAAAAACCUGUACGGCUCCGACUCGGUGGAGUACGUGGUGAUAGUUCUGCCCCUGCCCGAGGCGCCUGUGCUGCGAGCGACACCCUACAAGGACUCGAUAGUAGUUGACUGGGAGCAGCCCUACUACUCCCUCACCAAUAGGAGUGCCAGUCAAAAGAUAAGCUAUAGCCUCACAUGGAAGGAGGCGAGUGGCCCUUGGCAGGAAGCGUGGCCGGUCAACAAGCCGCCGAAUCUCUCCGGAGCCCAAAAGCACGCUUUGACUGGGCUCAAAUGCGGCACUAAAUACUCCCUUCGCAUCACCGCUACGAAUAAAGUCGGCACUUCCCAGCCCGCGUACAUUGACGUCAGCACAUUGGGCGGUGUGCCCAUUCCACCGUCGACCAACGAAUGGCUGUGGAGCAACUGUUCGCAUAUAUACGUUCAAUUGGCCGGAUGGGACGACGCUGGCUGCGAUUUGAAGGGCUGGGACGUCGAGUACCGAGUACUAGGCUCGAGGAAUUGGAUCCGCGCCCACAAUAUACUGACUUACUCCAACCCCUCUUGGAGCAUUUACGAAGCUGACACUCCGUCGUAUCGUACCGGUUCCUUCGCCAUCUCCGACCUGUCCCCCGGGACGUGGUACCAGGUCCGAGUGACGGCCACAAACGAGGCUGGCAGCGUGACGACCACUUACAACUUCGCCACGAAAAACGAAGACGGAAGCGAAGUUGGACCGCCUUCAGACUUCUUCGAUAUCAACAUGCUAGUCAUAGUUUGCAGCUCUAUCCUCCUGGCGCUGUGCCUCGCCUGCUGUAUCUACAUAUUGGUGAAGAGGCAAAAGACGGGCAACCUGACCGAGUACCGGGACUCCAUCACGGCGGACAACAAAUCGGGCAGCGGCGACGUGACAGCGAACACGUCGCACAGCAACCUCGGCAGCGUGAAAGAGAACACGGUGAACGCUCAGAACCGGAUCUACAGCGCGCCGAUACACAUGAGGAACAGCAGCAAGCAUGAGCUGUACGAAAUAAGUCCGUACGCGCAAUUCGCCGUCGGCUUUAGGACCUUCGGCCACGUGGAGAACCAGGACCUGCCUUGUCGGCAGAACAAACUGAGAUACGACACUGAGACCAGCUUCCAGAUGUGUUCAGAAUCAGAAGACAGCGAUAGUAUAUCAAAGUCAACGCUCAAAAGUGUGCCAAGAAAAAUUUGCAGAACUCCUCAUCAUAGG